AUGAAACGCGUGCACAAGACUGACGACGGCGACGACCGCGAGCACUCGAAGCGUUCGCGUCGCUCGCGCUGGGACCACGACAGCGUCAACGACAAAGAAACGGCUCGUGUGGAGACGGACAAGACGGUUGCGAGUCCGAAAGCGUUGAAUGACAUUGUCAAGCGGCUGUCGAGCGUCGUCCAGGAGAAAUCGGCACCUGAGGAGCUGGAGGCGCUGACAAAAGGCGCUGUCAGUCGCCCUCUCAUUGAUGCUGGCGGCCAAUUGGACGCACAAGCUGCCAAAGCGAGGGCUUUGGCUCAAGCCAGUUUGUUGGCUCUGAAUCUGCCUGAUAAUAAGGUCUCGCCUAAUGAUCUGGCACGUCGGCUGUACAUUGGCAAUCUGUACUACGACCUCAAGGAAGAAGAUAUUCGCAACGCUUUUGCACCUUUCGGCGUAAUUCAUUCCAUCGAUCUGUCACUGGAGCCAGGUGCGUCGCGGUCCAAGGGGUUCUGCUUUCUAGAGUACGAAGACGUUCUAGCAGCUGAGAGUGCGGUGCAAGUGCUAAAUGGAACACCGUUGGCCAACCGAAUGAUGCGAGUGGGCCGACCACAUCGUGGGAAUACGAAUCCGAGUGAUUCGCUUUCGAUCGGACAGGAGGCGAUCAAGAAUGUGCCCACAAAGUGCGUCUAUGUUGCCAAUGUUCGUGUGGAGCUUAACAGCCAGCACUUGGAGAGUAUCUUCUCUCCUUUUGGCGCUAUUCGUGCAUGCGUCAUGGCAGCGGUUCCACCCGUUGAAUCUGGAAUACACCGCGAGUACGGCUUUAUGGAGUUCAUGGAGGAAGGCUGCGCACUCAAUGCUAUCCAGCACAUGAACGGUUUCGAGCUAGCUGGUCAGCCCCUUAAAGUGGGUAAGGCGAGUGAAGCAGCUAUGCUGAUCAAUCUUGCCACGAGCCGAGACAAGGUAGUACGCAGUGGACCCGGCGCUACGGUGGAUGGAGCCAACGGUCCAAUCAAGCCGAAACAAUUGACAAUCUUUGCAGAAGAUGACGUUGAGGGUGUGAAGGACGUUGCAGAUGGCAAUGACAAGUGUUGCCUCUGUUUAGUAAACCUCGUAAAGUGCGGUGAAGUAGACGACGAACUCGAAGACGAGGUGCGUGUCGAGUGCGGCAAGCUUGGUGUCGUCAAGAAAGUGGAAAUCCAUGAGCUGGCCGACCACGUGCGCAUUUUUGUGGUGUUUGACGAUGCAACUGGAGCUUCCAAGGCCAAGCAGGCGCUACACGGCCGAUUCUUUGGUGGUAACCAAGUUGAAGCGCACUACUAUUCCCCGUGCGAGUUGGAACAGCAACGGUACACGAGUGGCUUUCUAUAA